AUCUAGUUCUGCUUAUUUGCAUUAUGCUUCUCUAGUCUUCAUAGCUAUCCUUUUUUAUGGAGCAGCAAAAUUCCAUUACAUUCAUGUGUCAUGCUUUGUUUACCUGUUCUUCAAUUGAUGGACACCUAACUUAUUUCCACUUAUUUGUGCAAAAAUUUUUGAUGUAUAUUCAAAUCUUUGAUCUUCUUGAGAUAUGUGCCUAGUAGUGGCAUAUGGAUAUAUCAAAGGGCAUACAAUUUGGUCAAUUCUUAACAUAUUUCAAAGUACUUUACUGAAAGGUUGGGCUAGGUCACAGAUGCAUUAACAAUUUAGGCUUCUUUUUCCACAAUUAAGAAUUAUAAGUGAUAAAAGAAAGGAUCUGAAGGAGGUGGAAGAAUCCUGCCCCAACCUUGGGUGAGAACAGGGCCCCAAAGAGGGGACCAAUCUUUUCAGAGCAUAAAAACAGGAUUCGGUAAGGCAAGAUGAACGAAGCGAAUAAAUGAAUGAAAAGGGUCACUUUUAGCUCUGCUAGUGUAGCUUACCCACGGGGACUUUACUGUUGCCCAGUAGGAGUCAGUGUAUGUGGAAGGGACCUUGGAGGUCGCGUUUAUUAGAUAAGGACUUCAGAGAAUUUGCCCACCUGUCUGUAUGCUUACUAAAUUUUCAAAAGUGCUGGAAGAGAAGGAAAUUUGAGCCCAGAAUCUUGGUAGUUUGACUUUGAAAGGACCAUAAGCGGUCCUGUUCUCCCAAACUCCUAAUUUUACAGAUGGGGAAACUGAGGCUCAGAGAAAUGCGAGACAUCCCUCCUUCCAAUGUGCAAUGCUGAAUAUAUUUGCAUUCUCGAAUCUGGAUUUAAAAUGGUCGAAAUAAGCAGUAAACAGCUGCUCAGGCCAAACACGCGAAAACUGGCAGCGUGGGAUGAACCGGACGCCGAGCUGCGCUUUGUCUCCGCAGACGGAUGUCCUAGACGCACCUCCCCUCACCAGCCGGAACCACGUGUUGCCCGGUGUAGGUCGGGACUGGGCUCAGUUUCCGGUCGGAAGAGAGAAGCCGGCGGUCCCGGAAGCCUGCGUUCCCGUUCCCCCAUCACCCUUUCCCGCCCGCCCCCGCUGCUCGCUCCGGAGCGAGAUCGAGGUCGAGCCUGGGUGCCGUCUGUCCUUCCCCAAGAUGGCGGCAGGUCCGGGCCGGCGGCGGCGGCUGCUGCAGCUACUUAUGCAGUUCGGUUCGGUGCUGCUGACGCGGUGUCCCUUCUGGGGCUGCUUCUGCCAGCUCAUGCUGUACGCCGAGCGGGCCGACGCGCGCCGGAAGCCGGACAUCCCAGUGCCCUACCUGUACUUUGACAUGGGGGCCGCUGUGCUCUGUGCCAGCUUCAUGUCAUUUGGGGUGAAACGCCGGUGGUUCGCGCUGGGAGCUGCCCUCCAGCUGGCUGUCAGCACCUACGCAGCCUAUAUAGGAGGCUAUGUGCACUAUGGAGACUGGCUGAAGGUUCGAAUGUAUUCCAGAAUCAUUGCCAUCAUUGGUGGUUUUCUGGUGUUGGCUAGUGGAGCCGGUGAACUCUAUCGUCAGAAACCACGAAGCCGAUCUUUGCAGUCUACGGGCCAAGUGUUCUUGGGCAUCUACCUCAUCUGUGUGGAACUCCUCUGUGGCCUUGCAGAAGGUGGCGAGUCUCUGGCAAUAAGAUUCAUCCUCUCCUUUACAGAACGAAUUUCUUUAUACUCAGCUAGGCAGGUCUUUGGCCAUCCAUCCCCAGGCCUGUAAAAGCCCCCUUUCUGAGAUAUUUCUGUGAUUUUCCAAACUUUUGCUUUUUAAAUGUAUUUUAUUUUUUCCCCAAUUACUUGUAAAAAUAAGAUGGAUCAAAGGAGAUAGACUCUGAAGGUAAAGGUAGCUGUUAAGUGUCUGAAUCAAUAGCUCAAUAUCUGCUAUUUAGUUAGUACUUAUUAAAUGCUUGUUGAUUGAUAGGAUUGUAGUCUAGAAGGGUGUUAAUAGUGAUUCAGUUAACAGUGAUUCAGUAUAAGCACUUGGGAGAAAACCCAGCAGUUACAGAGUCCCCAUUAAGGGUGAUUGUUAAUAAGGUUGUGUUUUAGAGACAUCAAGAAGGAUGAAGACUUAGAUAUUAUCUAAUCUGGCAAUUAGAAGAUUGUUACUGACCCUAAGCAAACGGUUUUGGAAAAAGCAGGGAAGAAAGAAUCCCAAUUGCAAGGAGUUGAAUGGGCUGUGGGGAAGUGAAAGUUUUAAAUAAGUAUAAACCUGUCUUUUUUGAGAUUUGUUGAGGAAAAGGAGGAGAGAUAUGAGUUAGUUAUUGAAGGGAGUAUCUGAGUGAAGUUUGUUAGAAGAGAGAAGACUUUCCCCAGAAGAGCAGGAGUGUGGAGAGAAGGAUUGAGUAUGCAGAAAGAUCAGCUAGAUUUAUCAAAGUUUGGCGGGGUGAGAAGGGGAGGGAAUAGAAUUAAAAGACUUUGGAAUGAGGAUGGCUAGUACACAAAAAACUGCAGAAUGAAGUGGGAGUGAGGAAUUGAUGGCAUUGGGUAUAAAAUACUCUUGUUUUAGAAGUUUAUCAGUGGGAGCAAGGAUAGAGGUGAGGGGUGUGAGGUGGUAGUUAGAGGAGUCGGCACAAUCUAAGAAUAAAGACAGUUACUGGAAGGCAUGAGCUGGGUGAAUCAGUGAAUCUCUAAAGGGGUGAUCAUUUAAUUAAACGAUUGAAUUUAGUUGGCAUAGAGGGGAAUGUAUUCCAGUUGGGAGUAAUACUGUGUCCCAAGUACCACUGACCUCCCCCUGCCCUCG